AUGUGGGCUACCGCUCCACUGCCGUACUACUCGGCCUACAAGCCAACCCGGAGGAAAGAGAGGGCAAGCAUCAGCAACAAAGGUGGCUCAUCGCCGUCUGCUGUCAACGGCUCAGAACCUCCCCUUCCUCUUCUCUCAACCCAAGACCAUCCCGACAACAUCACAGAUUUGUUCGAGCCUGCUCUUGAUGGACCGCCUUCGCCGGAAAGGAUUCGUGCCUUGAGCAAGCAGAUGCAGAGGGCCUCGGCCUUGGACAAACGCAAGAGCCACACAACCACCUCCUCUGGCUCGACGUCCUCGCUGCGCUCACUCAACUCGGACCGAUCGUGGGAACACACCCUGGAAACCAUUACUUUGUCAAGACGUUCUUCUGGCCGGUCGACUUCGAGCAGCAUGCCUUCCAAAGACCGCCCCGAGAGCGUGCAGCUCUUUGGCAAAACCAUCUUCAACCGCAGGGCUAAGAUGAAGCGGGAAAGCAGUGGUAACCACAGUUCCUCUGGAAGUUCUUUGUACUCUGGUGAGCUUGUCUUGGAUGGCCCGGCCUCGACAAACAAGGACCAUUUCAUCCCAUCAAUCUUCGGCCGCCGCAGAACUCUAAGACAGGACGACUUAGGUGAAGACCCAGUUUCGGGACGCAAGUUGCAAAUAUCGGGCCCCUACAACUUUCAACAUGUCACCCACACUAAGAAGGAUCACCUACCGGACCUCCAGCGGGGCAGCCGCGCCGAACUGGUCUCCGAAUUCUCAGCCAUCCGCGCUGGCCAACGGCCGACCACCGGCCAGCUCAAGGGAAUCGACGUCGAAGAUUUGCACUUUUCCAACUUUUCAUCCGAAGCGUUGCACACGCAGCAGGACAACGCGAUGACGUCCGAAACUCAGCCAGAGAUCGAGGAGGUUGUCUCACCUACUCUGCCAGGCUCGCCUGUGCCUGUCCCUCCUCCCAGAUCGUCGAGCCGCAUCAUGAAGCAUUGCACCGUUUCAGAAGACUCGCUCGCCACCAUCGAUAUGUUCCCAGAGCGCCCCCAGACUAGCAGCGGCUUUCACCUGCCAGGCACUCUCGAGGCACCAAUCGAAUUCACAGAAUCUACAAUUUCCGAAGAAGCUGAGCCUUUCGAGGACCCGAGAUUCUCUCAUGCCAUCACCACUCCCGACGAUGCUGCAUGGCCACUCACAGCGAGCUCCACUGUUUCUUAUGAGAUGGCAUUGCCUGAUGUGCCUGAAGAGGAGGAGCAAUUUGUUUUAUCCCGGCAGUCUGGUGCGAGCUUGGCCAGCACUCGUUCGUCGCUUCGAGGAAGCCAGUCUGUGCCUGCUCUGCGCCCGAGCGUGCCUCAGACGCCAGAGGACGAGUUCAGACGGCCAUCAAGCGGCGCAUCGGACACGCUUGGCAGCUUUGACAUGCUUGCCGCACAGAAUGCUCUGAAGGAAGCUUUGGAGGUUGAUGGACCGGCGUCUGUUUCUCACCGAGCUAGCUGGGAGGACGACAUCGACUACUGCUACGAGCAUGAAGCUGAGGCUGAUUGCGACUACGCGUGGGACCGACCCUCUUUGGAUAUCGCGAGGGAGGACUCUGUAGAGACUUCCUUUGACAACGAUGGCAUCUUCGUCGCACCCCUCUCGGCCGGUCUGAAGCCGGCAUCGACGAUGGGACACUCCGAUAUCCCAGCACUCAGCCCCGCCAGUCAGACUUCCGUCAAUGGACACGAAGCAAUCACGCCCACCAUUACCGCGCCGCCUGAAUCCCACGGCUUCAACCUCUCGCCAUCUCUUCUUAUCCCAACGGACUUCCGCCAGCAAAUGUUGGCAGACUCGGACACCGAUGCGUAUCCCAUGGAUGUGGCGAGACUUGACACCAGCCACUUCGCCUUUGACGAGGAGCCCGUCCUGACGAUUGAAACACCUGGACUCCUGACCGAGGCUCGCCACACAUCGACCAACUCGACAUGGACGGCUCUCACCAGGUACACGGGGAGCACGACCUUUGAGGGAUGGAACCCCAAGUUCGAGGGUAGUGACCACUCACGGUCCUUCAGCGCCGACGACUUUGCGGAUCUCGGGUCGCCUAGAGCACGAAAGUCCACCAUGACUCCGCUGCCCGAGUCCGAGGAGGUUCUGACCAUGUCGCGUUCUACUGGCGAUAUCCGUGCCGCCUCCGGAUGCAUCGACGCCAGCUUAUCCCGGGACUCUCUCCCGCUUGCCAAGACGAAGGAGCCUGUGAAGCAGCACCGACGCCAACGUGCGCAAACCCUGAGCGCCCCGCCCCCGCCUGGGCAGUACGCCCUUUUCCCGCCAAUCUAUGCCGGCAGCCGUAUCUGA